AUGGAAGGCGAAGCUCGAAGAGGCGCCGAAACUGGGGCAGACAAUGCCUCUAUGGGUUAUAUGUUAACUGUAGGAGUUAUGGAAGAAGUCUUGGAAAAACUCAAAUUGCUUGACUACGAGACGGAUUUCUGUAAGCAGUGGGGAUUUAGGCCUUUGUCAAGGUGAGAUUUUGUCAAUGUACCCUAUAACGUGAAUGAUAAUCUUCGCUAGAACAAAUUAGAUAACAUCGUCUACGAUCGACCAGUUUCUUUUUCUGUAAAUUGUUUAAUUUGACAUCCCGUUUUACUUACUUAAUGUUCAAAGUAAGCUUGAUCGGGGUGCAAUAUAAAGUUCUUUUACACAGUUAUCUUAAUCAUACUGUGGUUAUCUGUUAGAUGUAAGCUUAGUGAUUUCGCUGCAAAAGCGACAAAAGGACUGCUUACUUAAACCUACAUGAACGUGCAGCCUGCAUCACCAUAUAUAAACGAUAACUAAUGUAAUUAUUGUAAUGAAAUUAUCCCCCCGAAAAAAAAGAAAAAAAAUCAGGUCAAUUAAGCCACAAAUGUAUUGGCUGUUUGUCAUAGCCAGUAACAUCACAGUUUAACAGACAGAUGAUCAACACAAGUGCGACUUAAAUGACCAAUCAGGUCAAUGUAGACCUAGAGUUUAGUACCAUCAAGUAAUGUGAUACAACUCACUUUGACUCUGAAGGUGACUUCCACUGUCAGCUGUUGUCAAAAUGUCAGUCACUGUCUUUAACAGUCCUAUUCAGGAAUACACUCACCCAGGUGAUCAUAUUCCAUUUACUUACAACAUGACUCCUGGGUUCGCACCUGUCACUGUGUAAUAAGUAAACUGAAUACAUAUUGUCUUCAUUGUUCAUCCAUCAGGCACUUCUUUGCUCUGCCAACGAACCCAGGAGAGCAGUUCUUUACUUUUACAUCUCUAGCUGCAUGGCUGCUUACGUGUUGUGGAAGGAACUUUGAACAGCCACAGGAGGUGAAUUUUCUGUUUAACACAAUUUCAAGAUACGUGAUGAUUUUAUUGGCCUUAGCUCCCACAGGUCUCCUGUAGCUUAGUGGUAGAGCAUCUGGACUGGUUACCAGAUGGUCAUAGGUUCAACUAUUGGGCUUGGUUCAGACGCCAAACUUUUCAUGAGCUUAACCUAAUUUGAAUUAAGGCCGACUAAAAUUAUUUAGGCCGCCUGAAUUGAUUCAGAGGCCGAUCUUAAUUCCAGCCGAAUUUAUUCAAAAGGAGAAAAAGGUCCAUUUUCGGAGUCAAACAGCUUACAAAAUAGGUUAUAAUUUAAGCAUUAGGUUUGGUACAUGAUAAGUUCUGCAUCUGAAUCAAAGCCAUUCCAAAGUCGAUCCAUAGUCGAAAUUCUUGGCCAGGCUAAACAGAAAGAACGGCUGAGUCAUUCCAAAUCAUGUACGUAAUUCAUUGUAUUAGGUUUGGCUCAUGAAAAGUUAGUGUGAGUACUUGGAUUUUUGCUUCCAAGCUGCCUGUAUCACUGACUGAAUAAACAGAUUAAUAAUUUUUGUUAUUAUAUCUAGGCAAGACAAUUCAAGUAACUUUUGAAGUCAUUUGGAGACAGGGCACUUGUUUGUUUUCCUUGAUGCUUUAUGCACAGUUUUACCUUUUAGGAUAACAAUAAUACUAUUAUAAUUUGUUAUUGUUUUUCAUUGUAGUUAUUGUUUAGCACUUUCAUCAAUACAGUGCAAAAACUUAUUAUUCAGACAAGCUGCAAUUUUUAUAUUGUCAAAUAUCGAAAAAAUAGCUAGUUAAAGAACUGCUGCAUAAAUCGUCACACUAGGAUUGCCUAGCUGAAACAAAACACAACGUGACUCCAGCCCAUAAUAUUUUUUAUUGACUCUGCCUGUCUCUGAGUCAAUGUCUAUCAUAAUGAUGGAAUCAUUUUUAACUGUACUUUAAAGGUUAUUCCUAACUGAACUGAAUUUUGUCUUUCAGUAUGAUGACCCAAAUGCUACUGUGUCAAAUAUUUUGGAUGAGUUAAAAAAAUUGGUGAGAUGACUUGAUUAUCUUUCCUUGAUGGGCUGACUUGUUGGUACAUUUUUUAAUGUUGGGUUUGUUUCCUUGUAAAAUUUAGGGAGCCUUAGCUGAUUUUCCUCCAGCAAAACUGAAAACAGGCUCUGGGGAGCAGGUACAAACUGUUUUACUAUUCACUGUGUUCAAAUUCACCGUUAAAAUAAUUAUUGAUCUUAUCAUAAAAUAUUUAAUUCUAUAUCCUUCAACCAACAAAUUUAGAGAGGCAAUUUUGAGCUUAUGGUGCAUGUAUUAACCAUUUUCCUGAAAAUAAUCUCAAUACCUUCUCUCUAAAAAUUUUUAGGUUUGUUAUGUUAUUGAUAAACUUGCUGAUGAAGCCCUAAAAGCCAAGAAAUUUGCUUGGCAAAAGUAAGUCUUGUUUUCAGUGAUAUGGAUAUAGUCAUUACUGUUAACAUUAAGUAAAUGUUGUCAGCUUUGUGGCACAGAAUUUUUGUCCGAGUUUAAUUUUGUGGAUUGGUGACUUUUUGUAUUUUGAGUGAUUGUGAAGGACUGCUUGAGUUUUGCGUGGGCUUGAUUUAUUUUUCAAAUUUCCAGGAAGUUGCAUUUAAUUUGCUUUGGACUUUUUAUGUUACUCAAGACCUUCAGCAACCACUGUUGAACCAGUCAAUUUAGAGAAAAGUGUCCAUUUGUUUUGCCUGUUUGGUUCUUCAUGUUAUUUUGCUGUGUCAUGUUGUUUUACUCAGUUGUAAUGAUAAAUUUAUACUUGUUCUCCUCUCAAGGCCUCAACAUGCUCAAGAAGACUUUGAAGAGGAAACCAUGGAGGACGAUGAGGCUGAACUAACAUUGAACAAAGUAGAGGAAGAGAUGAUGGUGAGAUUAGUUCUAACUGAUCAAAUUCCUGGUUGCUGUUUCUUGCCCCUGGGAACUUACUAUUGCAUUUAGACAACAAGGAUAUCUUAAAAAACCCAGCUGCUGAGCUGCCUUGAUAUUUAUUGUAUUCAUUAAGAACUUUUGUGCUCCCUAUCAUACAGUUUUCUCUAAUGUGUAUUAACCCUUUAAGUCCCAAUAGUGACCAAGAUUAAUUUUCUCCUAACAAUAUCCAUACAUUGUCAACAGAUAAGUUAUGAGAAUUAAUAAAACAAUCACCCAAGUGAAAAUGCCUUGAUCUUUUAUCAAAUUCUCUCAACUCAUUCUUUAAGGAAAUGUAUGGAGAUCAGUUUGGAGAAUUUGUAUGUAGAUACUGUGGCUUAAAGGGUAUCAGUGUACUGGCAUAAGUUGAUGGGGGAUCCAGGGGAGGAUCCCCCCUUAUUUUUAGACCAAACUGAGGCCCAAAGGCCGAAAAAAAUUUUUUUUCAAGACCACCCCCCCCCCCCCCCAGGGGGUCUGGAUGAUGGCUUCCCCCCACUUCCCCCCUCGCCCCCUUAUCUGAAGGUCUCGAUCCACCACUGCAAGUUUAACAUAUUUUGUUUUUGAUUAGUUUUGUUGUAUUUUCCCUUCAAGGAUGAAGCAGAUGAAGAAAUUGAAGAAGAUGACAAUUAUCUUGAUCUCGCUGGAAUGAAACAACAGUCUCAGAUGAAUGUAAAUAAUAUUUGAUAGUAAAGACAAAAAUGAAGGAAAAUUAAGCUCUGCGUCAGCCAGCCUUUGUGAUUUGCUGGUGUUAUCUAUAUAUACAAGAUUUCUUAAACUCUAGACCUUAGUACUGUAUGAAUAAUAAUUCCUUUGCCAUAAUGUUAGGCCUGUUGACAAUAAACAUCACUAAAGAGGAAGAAUUACAUGUCCUGACGAAAGAAUUGUCUUAAACAGUGAUUUUGAAUGUUUGUUUAGGAUAUUGCUGAUUCAUCAAAGCCUGAUUCUGUUAUGGAGUCAACUACAGAUGCCGCAGAAUGGAAGCUUGAAGUGGAAAGAGUUUUACCACUAUUAAAAGUUCACAUAAGAACUGAUAACAAGGUAGGAAUACUAGUUUUUACACAUUUUGUCUGUGUAGUUUUGAUUGUGUAUAGUCGUUGGAGUUGACUGUUUGUUUUACAUUUGAAAGGACUGGAGGACACAUUAUGAGCAGAUGCAACAACACAGUGAAGGAAUCAAGUCAUCUCUAACAGAAACAAAGGUACAUGAGAGCUAAAAAUAACAGUUAUUUCAUAGGACAAUGUCUGCUUAAAAUAUGCGCAAUAUUGACCGGCUGAUUAUUAUAUUUUACGUUUCAGGGACAUUUAGACAAGCUCCACCAUGAAAUAAGUAGAACUCUUGAAAAAAUAGGCAGUCGUGAAAAAUACAUCAAUAACCAGGUAACUGAAUUGAAAGUUAUAUAUUAAUUUGAUGUAUUUAAUUUUUAUUUACAAUGUUAAUUUUUAUGAACUUACCAGUCACUGACUUAUGCCUUGUGUACAGCACACAGUUAAAAUCUAUACUUGCACCUGUGAUCUUAUUAACUCCAUAUCUGGUAUCCAUAAACAUGUAAAUUAUAUAUUUUUUCAUCAUUGCCUGAUAUUUUGAUUGAAGUUCAUAUUAAUAACUGCCAUAGGUCACAAAAUAACAUAACACAACAGAUUGAAAAGAAACUGAACAAUGCCCAGACCUGAAUACAACGCCCAAUGAAAUUACCUCUAACAGCCUCUAACAUGGCACACACAUACCUUACAUGUGCAGGGUACCUAUAAUUGUUCAGUAUUUUCCAAAAUAGAAUGUUGAGGUUUUCUUCAUGUAAUGGAGUCAAAGGUCACAGUUUUGAACUUUUUUCUAUCACAGCUUGAACACUUGCUGCAAGAAUUUCGAAGUUUACAAGACACCCUAGCUGAGGUAGGGAAUAUUAAAUACUCUUGGCAUGAAACUUUAUGUAUGAAAUUUUCGUACAGAAAGUUUUAUGCCAAGAAAUGUUUUCUUCAACUUCCCACAUGCAUACAACACUGACAAGACAGCUGCAUUGUAUUGUUUGCCUCUCAAAUAAACUACUUGUUAAACUCCCUUCGAAUUCAAAGUCCUUUGAAGAUUACAUGUGAUCUUCUUUGCAGACAAAAGAGCGUUACAAACAAGGAUCUGGUGGAGUAACAGAACUAACAAAGACAUUGGCUCAGGUUAGUUAAUGUUACUUAGUAACCACAGGUCUCAAGUGACCUGCUUAGGACAUACAUUUUCCUGCACUUUGCACCAGUUAAUCAUUCUGUGAAUUAUUGACUAAGGAUGAGUUUAAGAUGGCUGGAUUUUGGUCACAUUCUGUUCUUGGACCAAAACAAUGAAGGUCAAUUAAAAAGCGAAAAGUGGAAAGAACAAGGCUUGUGUAUAUCCAGCAAUCUUAAAAUAAAAGAGCUUGGUCAAUAAAGGAUGUGUCAUAUGCAGGGUUCGCACACACCUUGAAACUCCUUGAAUUUCAAUGCUAACUUUAUAGUUUAAGAAGAACUGCAAAGGAUAAGGAGCAAACACAGUAAAACUUUUAGGGUAAAAUUACUCAACGCUCUUUUUUACACUAAAAAGUCCCUGAUGUUUUGUUGAAAAAAGGGUAUGAACCCUGCAUAUGGUCAAGAAAACUUUUUCUCCUUGUCGGACCAAAGCAGGCAGUUGUGCUCACAAAGCCAAUCAGAAUACACGAUUUGCUUUAUCUUGCCCACUCACAGAUUCAACCAUAUGAUAAAUUUGCUGUCAAGCUCUGAUUGGUUGCCCACGCUAUUGGAACUUUUCAGUGUCUGUAUGUCUUGUGAUUGGCCAGAGAAAUCUCUUUGUUUUCAUUUCUUCUUUUGUGGCACUAACAAGGAAACUCACAAAAAGUGCGGUUGAAUUUUUAGAUCACUGAAGAACUUGAAACUGUAAAAGCUCAGAUGGAUGAAAGAGGAACAAACAUGACAGAUGCAGGUAGGUGUAUGAUAAAUCAGCGGUUAAGAAGUACAAGUAGAAUAUUGAACAGGUAGGAAAAAAGAUCUUUAAAUCACAGUCAUCUAAAGGUUCCACUUUGAUCAUAUGGGAAGAGCUACAUGUAAAGUUUGAAAAAAUCUUUUUUUGUUUGUCUUUUGACAGGUCCUUUGGUAAGAAUAAAACAAGCUUUAACAAGACUUAAACAAGAGGUUACUCAGAUGGAUGUUCGGAUUGGAGUGGUACGUGUAGUAUCAUUAAACAUUUAUCAACAUCUAAUGUUAAAUGUUAAAUUCUAAGUCAGGAUGUUGCCACACUAAAGAAUUGGCUGUAGCAAUAAUGUUUGCUAACAUCAAGUACUGGUAAUAGCUCCAAACAUUUUUUGGAAUAAUGAGUUCCAAAGUAUUCAAAAGAUAUCUAAGUGUUUUCAGAUAAUGCAAACCGAAGAUUUCCCAAGUUCAUGAUUAAACUAGAUAAAUAAGACAGGGGUAUGGAAUUAUUUCCUUUCCAGCUGCCUUGCCUAUUUUUAGACCUAUUUUACCUGCACCUUACGGUUGACUUGAUUUUCAAGGUUUUCUCAUCUUGGUUUUCAGGUGGAGCAUUCUUUACUACUAGCCAGAAUCCGUGACCGCAGUGCCAUCAGAGAAGACAUGCAUGCUCCUGUUACAGAUGCAACAUUUGGUGAUUUUAAGGCAUUUUAAAUGCAUGAUCUUUUGCUAAUAUAUUCAGUAUUUAAAUGCACUGUAAACCAUGAGCUUUUCUGUCUUUGCUUGUGCACAGGCUACCCAGACUUGUAGUCUGUAAGUUACUGGCCUACUCCUGAGAAGCCUGUGCACUGGCCUCCUGGUUGGAUAGCCUGUAAACCUGCUGCACAACUGUAUUUGGGAAGUGACAUACAUAGUGCUCUUCAGUAAAGAACCAUUUUAUGUACUUUCUGUCAAGACUGUUGCAGCAGGCAGUCUUCCUCUUAUUUUGUCUCUAUGGGCUAUUGAAAGCUAGAUGCAGCCAAAUCCUGUCAUUUGGCAGAUUUAGCAAAGACAACUUGACAGUAGUGACAACGGCACAUGCAAAUAAAAAAACUUAGCUUCACAAAUCAAGGAGCAACAAAUUGAGCACUGAAAGUCGUGUUGAGUCCUUUCUGCGUGGGGGAAUGUCCUGAAGUGACAUUCCCCAUGAUGUUAACACCUUUGGGACCUGCAACAGGUUAGUGUCGUUGUCGUUGGCAUGACAUCUCAAUAACAAGCUACCUACAGUUGAUUAGACUCCCCUUACAUUCCACUCUACUGAAUGCACACAGGAAAACAAAAAAUAAUGGCUUGAGUGAAUCUUCAAACAAAUCACUGCACUUUUUAACCCAAUGCUGGAAAGAUCUACUCUAUAUAUUUACUGUUACUAUUCAUUUUUUGUCUCUUCAGUGUGACUUG